AUGGCCGCGAAGCCCGAGGAUAAGAGCACGGAUAUUCCGGAUCGCCUCGUCGACAUCAACCAGCGGAAAACCUACAAGCGCAUGCGGUUCUUCGGCAAGGGCGGGUUUGCAAAAUGUUACGAGAUCAUCGAUGUGGAAACCGACGACGUCUUCGCCGGCAAGAUCGUGUCCAAGAAGCUGAUGAUCAAACACAAUCAGAAGGAGAAGACCGCCCAGGAGAUAACUAUUCACCGCAGCCUUAACCAUCCGAACAUUGUCAAGUUUCACAACUACUUUGAAGACUCGCAGAAUAUCUACAUUGUGCUGGAGCUGUGCAAGAAAAGAUCCAUGAUGGAGCUGCACAAACGUAGGAAAAGCAUUACGGAGUUUGAGUGCCGCUACUACAUUUACCAGAUAAUCCAGGGCGUUAAGUACUUGCACGAUAACCGCAUUAUCCAUCGAGAUCUGAAGCUGGGCAAUCUCUUCCUCAACGAUUUGUUGCACGUGAAGAUCGGCGACUUCGGGUUGGCCACGCGCAUUGAGUACGAGGGCGAGCGAAAGAAGACCUUGUGCGGCACGCCCAACUAUAUAGCCCCGGAGAUCCUCACCAAGAAGGGCCACUCCUUCGAGGUGGACAUCUGGUCGAUUGGCUGCGUCAUGUACACACUGCUUGUGGGACAGCCGCCGUUCGAAACCAAGACUCUGAAGGAUACCUACUCGAAGAUCAAGAAGUGCGAGUACCGCGUGCCCAGCUACUUAAGGAAACCGGCGGCGGAUAUGGUCAUCGCCAUGCUGCAGCCAAAUCCGGAGAGCCGCCCGGCAAUCGGUCAGCUGCUGAACUUUGAGUUCCUCAAGGGCUCAAAGGUGCCCAUGUUCUUGCCCAGCUCUUGUCUGACAAUGGCGCCGCGUAUCGGCAGCAACGACACCAUCGAGGAUUCGAUGCACCGCAAGCCGCUGAUGGAGAUGAACGGCAUCAGGCCCGACGACACCCGUCUGGAGUCGACCUUCCUCAAGGCCAAUCUGCACGACGCCAUUACCGCGUCAGCGCAGGUGUGCCGCCACAGCGAGGACUAUCGCAGCGAUAUCGAGAGCCUGUACCAGCAGCUCACCAAUCUUAUCAACGGAAAGCCACGCAUUCUGCAAGGCAAUCUGGGCGACGAGAACACAGAUCCUGCAGCGCAGCCGCUCUUCUGGAUAUCCAAGUGGGUUGACUACAGCGAUAAGUACGGAUUUGGUUACCAGCUGUGCGACGAGGGUAUCGGCGUGAUGUUUAACGACACCACAAAGCUGAUCCUGCUGCCGAAUCAGAUCAACGUGCACUUCAUCGACAAGGAUGGCAAGGAGACGUACAUGACCACCACGGAUUACUGCAAGUCGCUUGACAAGAAGAUGAAGCUGCUGUCGUACUUCAAGCGCUACAUGAUCGAGCACCUGGUGAAGGCAGGUGCCAACAAUGUGAACAUUGAGAGCGAUCAGAUCUCGCGUAUGCCCCAUUUACACUCCUGGUUCCGUACAACAUGUGCCGUAGUUAUGCAUUUGACCAACGGCUCUGUGCAGCUGAACUUCUCAGAUCACAUGAAGCUCAUCCUCUGCCCGCGCAUGAGUGCUAUAACCUAUAUGGACCAGGAGAAGAACUUCCGCACCUACCGAUUUUCGACCAUUGUGGAGAACGGCGUGUCUAAAGACUUGUACCAGAAGAUCCGAUAUGCCCAGGAGAAACUUAGGAAAAUGCUGGAGAAGAUGUUCACAUAAGCGUAGCCACCCAACUAUCAAUAUAAGGCCGAAUGUUAGUUUAACGUAAUUCACAAAUGCCCUGGCCAACUUCAUUUAUAGCCCCGAAAGUAUCCUCUCCCAUGAUCAUUUAAAAUUGUAGUUCCUGUUUAAAUUGAUUUGUUCGAUGUUUAUAGAAUUUAUUUGUUUUUGCCCCUUCACCUUCAUAUCGAAAAUACUGCUUAAGUCAUAUUCAUCGUCAGUGUUGGGCCUCCCCUCAAAAGUAUUUUUAUAUAUCUGUUUAAUGGUUUUCGUACACGAUCCGAUCACUUAAUUCAUUUUAAAGAGAUCAAAUUAAAUGUUUAAACUAA